AUGAAUUUUCCUUAUCGUGGGUCGGACUUUGAGUAUUAUUGCGACAAAAAAGCAGUUGCCAAGCGGCACGGAAAUAAACGCGAAGACAUAGAUUCUGAAGAGGAAACAUCUUGUAAAAGGUUGAAGCAGCAGAGACCGCGAAAAACAGCCAAACAUUUAUUUGACGACUCUGAAGACGAAUCAGUUAAUAAACCGUUGAAGCAGAAACCUCGAAAAACGGCCAAACAUUUAUUCGACGACUCUGAAGAGGAAUCAGUUAAUAAACCAACUAAAUCAUCAGCGAAAAAGUCGUCUACCAAACGCAAGUCAGCAGAGAGCUCGAGUGGAGACAAACGAACUCGAGCCUCAGGGUGGAAGCUGGACUUGGACGACGACGCGGACGUCGAGAGCAGUCGCGCGCGCAGCCAGCCCGGCCGCCUGCAGUCCGUGCUGACGCGCCGAGUGGCCGACGGAGUCCUGCGACGCACCGCCUCUCUGCCUGGGGAUCUCUUCGUGGAGUUGCGCCUCUACAACGCGGACGAGAUACGAGCUGUGCAGCCGAAAGAUCGUUGGGAGAAGGCGGUAUUGUCACUCAAAUACCAAAGCAGCUCUAACGCCGAACAUCUUGACCUACUGCGGCAAUUCGUCACGCGUGCGCGAGAGGCAUUCGAAGAGGACGGGAUGAAGGCGUGCAGACGCCAGCCGAGUUCAUGCGCAGCAUGCGUGCGCGCGUGCGGCAACUCAUACAAGCGCGACAACUAG